AACAAGCCCAGCAUUGUGGCCAUGCUAACAACCAACUUCUCAGUGAUGUGUAAACGGGAAUGCAGUGAGGAUAAAGUUAGAAAGAAGCUCGAAAUGAUUAGUUUGUUAGUUUAUUGAUGUAUAUAUAUAAAAUUUCGGUUUUGCAUAUGAAACGCAGCGGUUAAUCCUCUGUAGAUUAGUCCAGCACGCUGGCUAAGUCAGUUCAGCAGGUCAGCUAGCUAACUCAGUGAUUAGCCGAAAACAGUUAUGCAGGAAUCGAGAAAAGUAAAAUUACUCGUCUGAAUUAGAGCAUGUGCACGUAAAGCGAAUAUUCCUACUGGAAACAGGUCAUUUAGGUGUCUGUGUUGGGAGAAAGAGAGAAAAGCACGCCUGCAGAGCCAGCUAGCUGAUGGUCAGUAUGAAGAAGGGAGAUGAUUCCCACAGAGCCUGGUCUGUAGAGGGACUGAGAGCUUCCAGGUCAGUUUCUGCUCCUGAACACGACCUAAGUCUUACAGCAGCGAGUGAACAUCCAGCUGAACUCAGUGAUGACGACGAAAUAAAAUGCACAGGAACACGGUACAUCACGGAGGACUUUAUCAAGAAGUUGGCCAAGCAAGACAAUCUGUCCCAUGUGCGCUGUCUGAAUCUGUCCACUACUCAUGGAGUUAUAUACUUCAGGUACAUUGAGAACCUGGACAGAUGUGAGCGUCUUCAAGUUCUCAACCUUAGUAACAACAUUAUUGAAAAAAUUGAGAAAUUGGAAAAGCUUCAUCAGUUGCGAGAGCUGCAUCUUUCCAAUAACAGAAUCCGGAAAAUAGAAGGUCUAGAGCAAAUGGCCAACCUACAGAUUCUGAAUCUGUCUGACAACAGGAUUGAACAUGUGCCGCUGUGGUUCGGGAAAAAGCUCAAGUCCCUUCAGAAGCUAAACCUUCAGAAGAACAAGAUAUUUUCCCUUCAUGAGCUCACCAAAUUGAAGCUUCUAAAAAGUCUAACUGAGCUAAUGUUAGCAGGGAACCCUGUAUCAGACCUUCCCCACUACCGCCCCUUCUUAGUUUUUCAUCUCAGAUCAUUGGAGGUUCUGGAUGGGCAACCAGUCACCGAGCACGAGCGUGAAAAAGCUCACCAGCGCUUUUACACUGAGGAGAUUGAGCGUCUGGAGCAAGAGCUGGAAGAAAAAGGCACAGAGAUCGAGCGACUGCAGGAGGAGAAAGCUGUAGCAUUGAAGGAGUUGGAAGAUCAAGAGAAGCUCCAGCAAAGCCUGAGGCAGCAAAGCCAGGAGAAACAGUGGCGAGAGGAACAGCUUGAAAUGGAGCUGGGCACCAAAUCUGAACUGCCUCGAUUGCCUGUUUCCCUGCUGGAUUCUUUCUACAAGCUAAAACAGAAGACCGCUGAGCUGACCCGGGCCUGCCAGAAGCAGUAUGAGCUUGAGCAGGAGCUGGCUUUUCAUAAGAUUGAUGCUAAGUUUGAACCACUUCCAUUUUUUAGUAAUCAGGACCUGGAAGUGGAUGUGACUGGUGAGAGUCCGUACAUUGGAAAAGCCCGUCACAAAAGAAACACGUGUACAUCGGACAGUAUAGAUGCAGGGCACAGGAGUCCAACUACAGGACACGUUACGCAUUCAGACAAAUUGAAGGAUGAGGAGAAGGAGGAGUCUAUGCAGGACUUGAGAAGAGCUGAGGAACGGCUACAGCAGCUGCAUAAGGAGAUGGAGUACAGAGAGAGACAGAUCCUGAGAGCCACGGAAGAGCUGCAACAAUUAGAAGAGGCGGCAUCUCAAAAACGAAUUUCAGAAGCAGAGAAGGACCAUCUCAGACAGCAGCUGCACUCAAAGAUCCAGAAGUUAUGUGAGAUGCGGGAGGAGGCUGAAACCCUGGAGAAACAUCUGGACAGGCAGAGCUCUGAACUCAACCAGGCUCAAGGGGAGGUGGACCAUCUCCAGAACUUACUACACACUCUAAAUCCAGAAGACAUCAGACACGCUCAUGUGAGGUCUCAGUUGGCCAGUAAUCAGCUGUGGUCCAUCAUGAGUAAGAAACAGCACGAGUUGGAGGGCCGGCUAGAUGACAUGCUCAGUCGCAUCGCACAGGAGACGCAGGAGAUCAAAGAUCUAGAGCAAGAGCUUACUGAGGGUCAGAUAGCAGCUAAUGAAGCACUGAAGAAGGAUCUGGAGGGUAUAAUCUCUGGACUGCAGGACUACCUGAAUGGAGUGAAGGAUCAGGCUCGACAGGCCCAAUCGGAGUGUCUGCGCCUGCAGAAGGAGAAAGACGCUUUACAGCAGCUCCUUUGGGACAAAGAUCACCAGCUCAGCCGACUUCAACAAGUAGCCCAGAUCUGUGACAGCACAAAGGAGGAGUUGCUGCAGCACCAGAAGGAGUUGCAGACUCUGCGGAAGGAAAAUGAGGAGUUUAGGGAGACUCAAGGUCAGGCCAGUGCUUAUGAAGCUGAAUUGGAGGCUCAGCUGCAAGAAAGUGACUCCAAGGCCAGCCAGCUGGAGGAGGAGCUGAGUCGAUUGCACCGACUCAGUCAGCUGGAGCAUUCUGCGCUGCAGGCGGAACUGCAGAAGGAGAGACAGGCUAAGGAGAACGCACUGGUUCAGCUACAGCUAGCUGCAGAGAGUGAACUGGAGAACGCUGAUCUCCUGGAAGAGCUCAACAUGCUUCAGAGGGAGAAAGGUAUUCUAAUGGAGAAGGUCAGUAUCUUGCAAAAAGACUUGCAGCAGGUCAAGAAGGAGCUGCUGUGCCCCAAGCAGGUGGCCAGAAGUUUGCAGGGGCUGACGAGAUUCAUUGCCACAGGAUCGGGGGAAGUAAGAGUGAAUGCAGAAGAAGAUGUGCUGAGUGAAAGCUUGGCUGAACUGCAGGAAGAGCUUCAGCGCACGGUAUCUGCUGCUUUGAGAGACCGAGAUGAGGCCCAGAGCGCUCAGGAUAGGCUGACACGUGAGCUGGGCAUUCUCCGUAACAGGCUUACACACUAUCAGCAGAAAUACCAGAGUGCAUGUGAAGAGGUUCAGCAGGCCAGGGCAGUAAAGAGACACGAAGAAGAUGCAGAGCUUCUCCAGUUGAGGGAGGAGAUGCAGGAGGCACAAGAGCAGCAAUAUUUAGCAUUGCAGCGUCUGCAAGAAGCCGAGACUGAAAGAGAUCGUCUGCACUUGGAGUUGGAGAAGCAAGACAAACAGGUAAAUGCGGAUGAGACUCUAACACAAGAACAGCUAAAGUCCUUGGAGCUGGAGUUAGGAGAGCUUAGGAGAUCCUUCACUAUCGCCGAUCAAUUGGCUGCCGAUCAGCUGAACGCUGCCAAGGACCAGCUUCGUUCUCUCCACAGCACAGUGCACAGGAUCAAUCAGGAGAGAGCAGAGGAUGUAGAGAAGUUAGAAGAAUCCAGGAUGCAGGCUGCUCAAGCUAUGCAAGAUCUAACAAAGGCUGAGGCAGAAAUACAGGUUCUGCAGAAGGUGCUUGAAGAUGAGGUUCAUGUUUCAGACACAGAUGGCCUCAGUGGCCCACAUGGCAGUAUUCAGCAGCAGGAGUUAACCAGACUGUAUCGAAUGUUGAACAGGCAACAGGUUCAGACAAAAAGGCUUCGGAAUCAGCUGGCUGAGGCACAAGAAGAUAACAGUGGAAACCUGAAUGAGCUCCUUGAUGAAAUAGAAGCCCUUAGAGAUACCCUGCUGCAGCAGAGCAAUUACCUGUCCAGUUUUGGGCAAACACUACACACCGGUGGACACUGGCACUAUGUCCCACCAUACCAAGAUCACCCCAGUAUCGGUUCUCAGGCUACACAGGACUCUGGCCUGGGUUCUCAGUAUGUCCCAUCACCCCACCGAGGAAAGCGUUCCAGUAGCCAUCAUCACAAAGAGACAAGACAAUCUGCCAAAUCAGGAUAUUGGGUUUAUUCUCCACAGUCACAGGACCAACAAAAACAAGGGAAAAGAGAGUCUUCAUACAUAAACAGCGAUGCUGAGAGUGAAGUUGAUGGUGUUAGAGGAACUCAUUUCACACCUCCACCAGGGUCGAUUAUCUACACUGUGCCCCCUAAUGGCGUCCAUGUUCCCCCUGGCAUGGUCAUUUACGCUCCUCCUGUACCAGGGUUGGCUGUGGGCCCUGGUGCAGUGUUGUAUGGUCCUCCACCUGAAGGGGUCAGGCUGGUUUACGGCCCUCCACCCAGUGGUCUACAUAUUCCUCUAAUUCCUAAUGGCACUCUACACUGCAAUGUGCCUGGCCAUCUGGAGAUGACGCACUCUGCAAGGGUGGUAGAUCGCUCUUUAAGGGUGGAGCAGUCAGACAGAGUUGCACAUGAGCUGGAACUCCUCAGGCUGGAGGAGCAGAGAGCUGACUUGCAGAUGGAGCUUAAAGAGCUGCGAGGAGCUGUAAACCGACUUCAGCGCCACAAGAGGCUGUUGGAGAGUUCAGUGAGCCGUGCAGAAGAGGACACUGUAAUGGGUGAGGUGGAAGGUCUGGAGAAAUCUGUCCUUAAACGCCGGACCGAGGUUCGAGAUCUAGAGCACCUGCUGGCAGAGGCUGAAGCAAACCUGAAGGAUAUCAGAAUUAAGACCAGAGACACUAAGCAGCGCUACAGUGAAUCCGAGAGGAGGUUAAAAGAGUCGGAAUGUGAGCUUGAGGAGAUUAAACUGCAAACCCAGGAUAGUAGCAGGCAACUAGUACACACCAAACAACAGCUCCGGGAUCUUCAAGACGAGGUAAAGGAUCUGCAAAGACGUAAGCAAGAUCAGGAGAACACCCUAAAACAGAUGGAAAAAGUGAUUGCCGCUCGAGAUGCAGAGUUUUAUGAAGUCAACAGAAAUCUGCAGAGAGUAAAUGACAUAAUCGAGGACAAGAAUCGAGUGCUGAGAGAAACACAGAGCCAUGAAGCAAAUAUUUUUAUGGGAUUCAGGGAGUCUGAGGAUAUUAUACACACCCGCAGAAAAGAGCUGGAACAUCUAAACACCCAGGUGCUGCUGCAGAAGGAACAGCUGACUUUGCUGGGCCGGAAGCUCGAGCAGUGGCGGGAAGAGGAGGGCAUUGUGAGGUCAAACGUGGAAAAGCACAGGCAGAGUCUGGUGGAGGUGCUGAGGCAGGGAGAGGGAGAUGCCCACAGUCUGCAGCAACACAUUAAGGAGCUGCGUGUGGAUGUCCAGUCUCUAGCUGUGCAAAAGGGAGAACUGGACUCCCAGCUGUCUGAGAGAAGAGGAAGACUGGCCCAGUAUAAAAAGGAGGAGAAGAAAGUUCAGGAAAAAGUGAAGAAUCAGCAUGCGGUGAUCAACAAGCACAAAGCAGAGCUGAAGCAUAUCCUGGACAUGAUCCAGUUGGAAAGUGUGGAGCUAGAGAGAUUAAAGGUUCAGCACAACCAGAAACUGGACCAGCUGGAGAAGAGCCAGGAAACAUUGCUGCAGGUGCGUUUGGAACUGCAGGAGGUGGAGAAGGAGCGACAGGAGCAACUGGCUGAGCGAGAAAGGCACCGGAGGCUGCAGGAGCAGGAAAUCCUGACAUUGAAAGAGCAGACUGAUGCCGCAGCCAUAGACAGGGGCAGUCUGCUGGAGCAGUGCACAAGCCUGGAGGCCCGUCGCUCACAUGCUCAGCGAUGUCAGGAAACGGCAGAGGAGGGGGUUCGCAAAGCCGAAGCAGAGUUGCUGAAGCUGCAGGCAGAGCUGACCAAGCUGAAACAGGAGCAAAGACAUACCCAGAAUAUACAAGAAGAGAUGAGCAGAGACGUGGCAACAACCCAGAAACAACUAAAAGAGAAAUCUAAAGAUCUGAAAAAACUAAAGGAAGAUAUUGCAGACUCAACGAUUCAGCUGGAGAAAAUUAGAAAGGAGUUAGAAGAUGCUCAGCGACAGCAAGAUGAAUUUGUGAAGCAGCAGCAGCACCAGAAGGCUGUGAUACAGGACAAAAUUCAGAGGAGACAACAACGAAUAGACAAACUGGAACAGCAGCUGAAGGAGAUUGAAGUGUCUGUGCAAAAGAAAGAAAAGCAGUUUGAGCGACAGGAAGAGCGUCUGAUGAUCCAAAAGCAGCAGAGUAUCGAGUUUGAGGAGCUACAGAGACGGCAGCAGGAGAAGCUACGGUCCCAGCUGCAGGCCCUAGAAGAAGCUCUGUCAAGAGAGUGGAGAGAAUGGAGCAGGUCACAGUUGCUGUGGAAGAGCUGGAAGAGCAGAGACGUAUUUUGUUGGCAGAUCAGCAGCAGUGUGCUUUUCUGCAGGACAGAGUGGCACAGCUCGAGCAAAACCUAGCUGAGAGUGAGGCCAGGGUACGUGCCAGUACGGAGGAGCAAAGAGAAGCAAAAGAGGAACUCAAGGCCUGCCGCUGUGACAUUCAGAUUCUCCAGAGCGCUCUCACCACCGAGAAGGAGCGUGCAGAAGCCCUGAU